GUUGGUAUUGAACCCUACAUUUUUCAAAGUCAGCCCACAUUCUGUUAAGUAUUUCCUAUCAUACUGUCCUCAGGGAGACAUAUAAAGUGAUACGGACACAAAGGAAUAGGCUUAGUGGAUGCAACACAGUAAAUCUCUAGUAGAACUAGAAAAUAUAGAGAUGUCCAGAUGUUCUAGAAUUAGGAAUUGCGGUCUGUCAUGAUGCUGUUUAAUGCUGAAACUUUGAUGGGGGUUUCUGAGGGCUCAUUCACUGUGUUGCGUUGCACCCUCUGGAAGCUGUAGAGGACAGAGCUUUGCUAUCCUUAAUUGUGAAAUACAAUGGGCAUCCUUUAUGCUGUGUUAAAAUACUUGCUGGAAGCCAGACUUCAGUUUUCAAGUGUGCCUGUAAGUGUGGAAUAAUGUUUCCAACAUGUCUGUGCAGUCUCUGCUUUGUGAAAGAAUUGCUGUUGCCAAAGACUUGAUCAAGAGAGCGGAAGCCCUUUCCAAGUCUCAGAAAAGGAGUAUAGAAGGUGGGGCAAAACUAUGUGGCAAACUGAAAGCCGAGCUAAACUUCUUGCACAAGGUGGAGGCAGGGAAGGUGGCCAUCAAAGAAUCUCAUCUGCAGAGUACAAAUCUUACCCAUCUCCAAGCCAUUGUUCAGUCAGCAGAGAACCUGGAGGAUGUUGUCAGUGUCCUCCAUGUGUUUGCUUAUGAAGACAGGUUUGGAGACAAACAGACACUGGUGGUAGAUGUUGUUGCAAACGGAGGUCACACAUGGGUAAAGGCCAUCGGUCGGAAAGCUGAGGCCCUGCAUAACAUCUGGCUGGGGAGAGGACAGUAUGGAGACAAAAGUGUCAUUGAGCAGGCAGAGGACUUCCUGGAAGCAAGCCGUCAGCAGCCAGUGGAGUACAGCAAUCCCCACAUCAUCUUUGCAUUCUACAACAGCGUGUCCAGUCCUAUGGCAGAGAGACUCAAGGAGAUGGGAAUAUCUGUGCGAGGAGACAUUGUGGCUGUUAACUCACUGGCAGAACCAUCUACAGAAAACCAGCACCUUAGUGCUAGUGAAUCAGAUGACGACAUCCCUGAACUCCUGCAGGUAACCAAAGUAGACCGGGAUAAUCUAGUGGCCAGCAUUGCUUUUCCUACCCAGAUCAAAGUAAACGUGUGCAAUAGAGUUAACUUGGACAUCACUACCUUAAUAACUUACGUCUCUGCUCUGAGCUAUGGUGGCUGCUACUUCAUCUUCAAAGAAAAAGUGCUAACAGAGCAAGCAGCUCAAGAGAGGAGGGAGAGAGUCCUGCCUCAGCUGGAGGAGUUCAUGAAGGGGAAAGAGCUCUUUGCCUGUCAGUCUGCUGUCAGAGAUUUUCAGUCCAUCUUGGAAACGCUGGGAGGACCUGGGGAGAAAGAGCGAGCUGCAAUGCUUGUUAAAAGAAUUAAUGUGGUGCCAGAUCAGCCGUCUGACCGUGCCUUAGGACUAGUGUCUAGUUCAAAAAUCAACAGCCGUUCUCUAACCAUUUUUGGGACAGGAGACACAUUAAAAGCCAUCACCAUGACUGCAAAUAGUGGUUUUGUGAGAGCAGCGGCUAACCAGGGUGUCAAGUUCAGUGUUUUUGUCCAUCAGCCCCGAGCACUGACAGAAAGCAAAGAAUCUGUUGCCACACCUUUACCAAAGAGCUGCCCACCUGAUAAUGGACUGUAAGUCAUUAAAGGAGUUAGACACUGAAAUAUUGCAGGUGCUGCAGUGGAGGCAUUUGGAGAAAUGAGUUGUCGUAAUACAUUUUGGGUCUCCACCAGUGAAAACAGUAUCUGUAGGAGGGGAAGCGUUCCUUGAGGGAUUUUCAAUAUCUUUAUUCAAUUCUUGCUUUUUUGAUUCUGCUGACCAUUAAUUUAUUCACUAAAGUAAUAAGAUUUCAGUGAUAAUUGUUAACUGGCCUGCAGUAUAUUAAUUGUAUACA